AUGGCAGACAGGUUACUGGAGAUGAAGAGGAAAGCUGCCGACGAUGGGUCCUUGGACCUCGCGGUCGUACAGGAGCCGUGGACGCAAGACGGUAGCCGGACAAAAAGCCACCCGGCAUGGGAUAUGGGUGACAGGCGCAGGAGGGGGUGUCCGCCUGGCCGACUGGUCUGUGGCGGCGGGAAUACCGCUUAUAGGUUUCAAGAAAGCAUCAACCAAUGCCUAGCUGAUCUCAGAGUUUCGAAUCCCCAAGGCGACAAGUCACGCAUUCUGUUAACGAAAGGCGGGUUACUAAAAGACUCGUUCCGAUGGAUUCUCGAGAACACGGACUUCAAGCAAUGGCGUAGCGACAAAAACAGUUCUCUGCUCUGGAUCAAGGGCGACCCUGGCAAAGGCAAGACUAUGCUACUCUGCGGCAUCACGGACGCAUUGGAGGGUCUAUCAACAAAUCAGCCCAUGGAGUCAUACUUUUUCUGCCAAGCCACUGACAGAAACCUCAACAACGCCACAGCUGUGCUCCGCGGUCUUAUAUACAUGCUUGUCAGGCAAAAUCGUUCCUUGGCGAGACACCUACACGAAGAAUGGAAAGUGGCUGGAUCAAGACUGUUUGAGGAUGCCAACGCAUGGAAUGCAUUGACGCGGAUCUUGACUUUGAUGCUACAAGAUCGCCAGUCGCACGAAGUGGUAUUCGUCAUUGAUGCGCUUGACGAAUGCUCCGAUGAUCUGCCCAAACUCAUCAACUUCAUUGCACAGCAGUCCCAAAUGGGGGAUGCGAAGUGGUUGGUUUCGAGUCGUAACUGGCCCCAGAUCGAAGACAUGCUUAGUGCGGCCAGUGAAAAAGUGCGGCUCAGCCUGGAACUCAAUCAGGAUUCCGUCACUGCUGCUGUUGAGGUUUAUAUCCGCCAUAAAGCUGAGGAGCUACGAGGAGCCAAAAACCUGGACGAUGAAAAGUAUAGCCAGGUUGUCGACUAUAUGAACACCAAUGCAGAAUGCAACCCUAGCCAAACGCGUCAAUGCCACGAGCACGAAUUGUGA